GCAGCACAGAAGAGGCACGUUGCAGCCACUGGCUGUGUCAGGGGUAAUGAGGGUGGAGCCCGGAUUCUGGAGGCUGAAGGAUGUAGAAGACGUUGCUCUGGAAGGUUCGCGUUUGGGGAGGAUUGCAAACCUGGGGAUCAGCGUGGAUUCAGAGGUCAGCAUCCCCUCCCCCAAGCUCCAGCCCCGCAGCUCCAGGAAGUGAGCACCGUUUAUCCUCCCACCGCAGGAGGCCGGACCUCUCCUAGGAGGAGAAGGGAGAUGGGCCAGACAGCCUGUCCCGCCCUGGUCUGCACCGGCUGUGGAGCUGGGAGCCCUGGGGCCUUUCCAGAGGAAUCCGGUCCAAGCCGGGCGGAGCUCGGAAGAGACUCGAUCCUGUCCCUCUGGCUCCCGGGGUGAAUCUAAGAUUUCCCAGUUUGCCCACCAGAUCCUGCUGUUCAUGUGUGGAUGUUCUCUGGAGAUGUCUGCUACCCUGUCACUGCAUUUGUCACGUCUAGCCGAUGUGGUCGGCCGAGAGUGAAAUGAGGACCUUGCUAGAAUCUUGACAGUGGAUUCUAUAAACAGGAACAAUCUACACGUCAGAGCUGGACAGGGAGGAGCUGGGAGAGUAGCUACAAUGACUGCUGCAGUCCUGGUGGACAUCCAGGAUGAGGUGACCUGCCCCAUCUGCUUGGAGCUCCUGACAGAACCCCUGAGCAUAGAUUGUGGCCAUAGCUUCUGCAUGGCCUGCAUCACAGGAAAUACUGACAAUUCAGUGCUCGGCAAAGAAGGGAAGAGCAGCUGUCCAGUAUGCCGGACCAGCUACCAGCCUGGGAACCUCCGGCCUAAUCGACACCUAGCGGUCAUAGUGAAGAGGCUCAGAGAGGUAGUGCUGGGCCCGGGAAAGCAGCUGAAGGUCAUUCUCUGUACACUUCACGGAGAGAAACUCCAGCUCUUCUGCAAGGAGGACGGGAAGCUCAUUUGUUGGCUUUGUGAGCGUUCUCAGGAGCACCGUGGUCACCAAACAUUCCUCAUGGAGGAGGUGGCCCAGGAGUACCAGGAGAUGUUCCAGGAGUCUCUGAAGAAGUUAAAGAGAGAGCAGCAAGAAGCUGAACGGCUAAAAGCUAUUAUUAGAGAGAAGAGGGAAUCCUGGAAGAAUCAGAUGGAGCCUGAGAGACACAGGAUCCAGACCGCGUUUAACCAGCUGCGAAGCAUCCUGGACAGAGAGGAGCAGCGGGAACUGAAGAACCUAGAAGAGGAAGAGAGGAAGGGACUGAGUAUCAUAGAGAAAGCUGAGGGGGACCUGAUCCACCAGAGCCAGUCACUGAAAGAGCUCAUCUCAGACCUGGAGCACCGAUGCCAGGGGUCCACAGUGGACCUGCUGCAGGAUGUGAAUGAUAUCACAAAAAGGAGUGAGUUCUGGACCCUGAGGAAGCCCCAAGCUCUCCCCACCAAGCUGAGAAGUAUGUUUCGAGCUCCAGAUUUGAAAAAGAUGCUGCGAGUCUUUAGAGAGCUGACAGAUGUCCAAAGCUACUGGGUGGACGUGACUCUGAAUCCACACACGGCUAAUUUAAAUCUUGUCCUGUCUAAGAACCGGAGACAGGUGAGGUUUGUGGGAGCCAAGUCCGAGCCUUCCUGUCUGGAAGAACAUUAUGACUGUAGUGUCCUCGGCUCUCAGCACUUCUCCUCGGGAAAGUACUACUGGGAGGUGGACGUGGCCAAGAAGACGGCCUGGAUCCUGGGGGUGUGCAGUAGUCCGGGGGAGCCCAUGUUCUCCUGCCAGUACGCUAACAAGCAGAGCGCUUUCUCCAGGUAUCAGCCGCAGAGCGGAUACUGGGUGAUCGGGUUGCAGCAUAAGCACGAAUACAGAGCCUACGAGGACUCCGCCAGCUCCCUGCUUCUCUCCAUGACCGUGCCCCCUCGCCGUGUCGGGGUUUUCUUAGACUAUGAGGCUGGCACUGUCUCCUUUUAUAAUGUCACAAACCACGGCUUGCCCAUCUAUACCUUCUCUAAGUAUUACUUUCCUAGUGCACUUUGUCCAUAUUUUAAUCCUUGUAACUGUGUAGUCCCGAUGACUCUGCGGCGCCCAAGCUCUUGAAAGUUCUGCUGCUCCUGCCCAUAGCUGAGUGAUUCCCCUCACUACCCACAGUUCUCCUUUGGGAACUUCUAUUUUCUGAGUUCUCCUACUAGGAAACAACCACGGGUGAUGGUUAACACUCGUGACACAACUUAAAAGAAAAAUUCUAAAAGUUCACCAUUAAGCAUAGUUUUUUGUUUUGUUGGUUUUUGUUUGUUUUGAAACAAGGUCUCUUGUAGCCCAGGCUGGCCUUGAAGUCUGUGUAAUUGA